AUGUCCUCCCCUGUCUCCCCUGCCUCUCGAGCCACCUCACCCGGUUUCUUUUCUAUUCGUUUCGGUUCCGUUUCACAGCCAGAUGGGCAGCAGGCUUCCCAAAAAGCAAAGGGUGGUGAUUCACAAACCAGUUUAAAGAACGGCAGAGCCUCAAAGUCGAGCGACAAGGGGAAAGAGCCUUUGAGGGGUGACUCGGUAUCGCUUGACGAGUCCGUAACUUCCAAAUCCACAAAUGGCGGCCCAUCUAAUUCCCAUUAUCACACUUCGUCCCCUUUCACGUUGCAUGACCGGUCACGACCCGCAGAGAGUUCUAUUCACGGAGCUAGGAAAACUCGGGGGAGUCUUCUAAUAGCUGCGUCGGAUGCAUUUAGUUUCAAAUUUGGGAGACGGAGACCUUCUAUCCGACAAACGCCUAUGCCCAUCAUUCUCCCAGAUGUCAUUGAAAUCUGUGCACCACGGCCAGACGAGGAAGUGGAAGAGCGAAACAGGCUGCGUGAGAUGGCGGCACAGGCCAUUGGUCUCGGACCCUUUAUGGUCCAGCCGGAGACACAUUCUCACGAAGGAAGUACUGAGGAGGACGAAGGUAGCAGCGAGGUACCGAAUCCAAGGUUCGAUACCCCAGAGAUUCGGCGGCUGGGUGAUGUGAGAAGCUCGGAGUCUACGCCGAACAUAAGCGGGAGGUCCCCACAUGGUUCCAGCCUCUCUGUUGCUGUUCCCUCAGCUCUUUCUCCGGGUCGAUAUCGCUCUGGGUCAAUGCUUGCGCAUGCACGAACGAAUUCCACGACAAUGGCCCCUAUCCCUCCAUUCCCAACCAAGGCAUCAUCCUUGACUGCCUUUCGGCAGUCCACCGCCAUGCUUCCGAAGUAUUACCCGCCUUCAUCUCUCCGAAUCUUUGCGUUGUCGAAGAGCUGGAAGAGUCGAUUUCUCGUUCUAUCGUCACCCACCACUUUAUUGACCAGAGGCCAGACCCCUGCUGUUUCCCACUUGCAUUUGUUCAAAUCAUCAAAUACGGAAGAAAGGGAACUGGAAAGGUUGGAGAUCAAUGAAGAUAGUGUUGUGUUUGUGGCUGAAGAUGAGGUUGGGGGCCGUCGAAAUGUGAUCAAGAUUGGAGGGGUUGAUGUAGGUGCGAUGAAAAAAGAGUGGAAUUAUGAAGAGGGGGGCCGUACGAUGUGGCUUCUUCAAAUAACAGACUCGGUGGAGGCUCAGAAGUGGAUCUCAACCAUAAAGAAUGCUAUUCUGGGCCAGAGAACUGUACGAGCUGGCCUGCUUCCAGGUACCAGUUACGGAGGUAUCGAACCUAGGGGUGAUAUGGAUGUGAUGCUUUCUAUUCGCGCACAGGGAUUGGUGACCUCGCCAAGUGCAAGCCCUCGUCCAGGUCCUGAUACUCCACCACAGACGAUUUCACAAGGAGACCACCAUUAUGCCUCGUCAAUAUCCUCCCAUUCUGUUCGCUCUCAGAGCACUGUCCCAAAACUGGCUUCGCCUGGUGCAGUAUCAACUCUGAAGGGUUUGUUCACAGCAUCCCGGCCACGCUCCGCUUCGCGAGCGGCCUCCAUCGAGUCAGAGCGCCAGCAGGUCGAUCGCGAAGUCAAUGAUGAUUCUUUCACUCGUAUGGGAAGCAGUCUCCUCAACAUGAUGCGGUCAAACACACCCGAUAGUCAGUCAGUGACGCCUCCAGCGAAUGGAGGGGCCAAUCGACACACCCUACCGUUUGCUCCCACUCCGCCUAUUGGCCACCCUAUUGACCGCAAGAUCCUUUCUGAGCGCCAGCCCCUCCAAUGGGUGACAAAGGAUCCUCCUGGCGCCCCCAAGGAUCGAGCAAACAGGACCUUGUCUUUGGGAGCCAUGUCCCUCCAACCUCCUCCAAGAAAACGCUGGACAUCAGUCGGUCCAACAAUUAUCACCACGACACCUGAGGAAUCUACCACCAAGACACAGGUCAAUGGUAUCGGUGGCUUUGCUAAUACUUUCGGUCACAAGUCUUCGUAUGGUCGAUCUUCGCAGGAGAGGUCUUCAUACGAGAAAGCCGAGACUGAGCCAUCUGGCAGUCCGACAGAUCUUUCGGAGUUUUCGUUUGGAACGCCCGAACAAAGGCCUCGCGCGCCGUCAUUACAAUCAGUUUCGACAUAUGCUUCGGGGGAAAAUGCUUUGAGUGCAGAACGGUCAAGUUCAAGUACAAAGAGGAGUUCGAAUGGGAAGCGAUUGUCACGGCAGGGCUUACCACACAGAUUAACGCCGCCUAGUGGCCCUCCUCCAGCUAUUCCACCAACUCACUCAGUAACGAGACUCCAUGUUCAUCCGUAUGCAGCCGAAAUACCUCCUAGUCAAACUUCCUCGUCACACUCCGUCAAUAGCCAAAGGAGUAUCGUCUCUAGCCUCCCCUCUUUCUCAAAAAGAGCCUCGGGGUCAUCUUUCCGCAGUGUCAACACAUCUAGCACCACUCAAUCCCAUAGCAGUUAUCACAAUACCUCUGCACCCCGACCCAUGAGUAGUCAUAGAACAUCAAUGCCUCCCCCUCCUCGCCCUGCCCCUACAACCGCCCUUCCACCAGCACCUGACCAAGAUUCCCUCAAGCCCCCCGAGUCGGCUGCAACAACAAGUAAAUCACCAUUCCGUAGUAACUCUGUCGCACAUCGUACAUUCAGGCUAUCGAUGAUUGCACCCAAACCACCACCAUCCAGUGUCUUGCCUCCUCGCCCCGACGAACCUGAUUAUAAGACCCAUCGCAGGUCUUCCAGUGGCAGUAAUACCCGCUCUCAGCUGGAUUCCAUUCCAGCAUCCCCAAUACCCCCGCUGACUGUAUCACCCUUUCCCCCUCCUGCCGGGCCUCUGCCGCCGACACCCGCCAAUGCACCGUCGGAUGCAUUACCAGCACCAACGUCUCGACAUACUUCAUUCAAACAACGGUUGCGCAUUCUCAGUGCGCCUUCACCCUCCGCAAACGUUGCACCAACACAAAUUUCACGACCAACAACGGCCUCUUCCAUAUCACCGAUGUUUACGACCUCACCCCCCACCACGCCGAUAGCUGAAAAGAUCACGUUGUUUCAGAAUGAUCCGAGCUUCCUGCAAAUGCAUACGCCUGUCCUGCCCUUCAUGCCACCUCCUCGAGUAUUCACCCCUCCGUCAGAGCAAUAUGCUGAGCUUAUAUCCUUAUCGCCUCCUCCACGGAGAGGCUCCAAGCAAGUUCUAGAAAUCGGAUUAGAGAGUCCAGAAUUGCUUUGUACACCAACCGAGAAGCUGGAAGGGGAACCUCGAUUGUUGUCCCUUUCACGCCCUGGCUCGGUUAUCUCUCUUGGAGUUGUGAGUAUGUAG